AGUACAGUCACAAUUAACUAGCAAUCUGUUACAGGCAGAAACGUGUGUCGAUUUCUUUAAUUUUAAUCAAUAACAACGUGGGAAAGUACCGCGUCGUACAUUUUAUUAUAUAAGGAGCAAUUUGAAGAAUUCUACUUCAAAUCAUAUUGUAAACCAUACAGUGACAUAUUGAUCAGAGCUAUGGCAGCUUGUGGUAGCGAAUUAUUAUUAGUGCUAGUGACGAUUAGCGUCUGUUUAGUGGACAGCAAUCCAAACGUGUACGGUUUAGCUCGAACCCAAUCUUACGUGUACUACACGAAAAGCGACUGGGGUGGUCUGCCGUCGACCGACGUUCGGCCGUUGGAGACCCCGGUGCCCUACGUUGUGAUCCACCACACGUACAUACCAGGAGCUUGCGGCACCCCUGAACAAUGUAAAGCAGAUAUGAGAUCAAUGCAAAACUAUCACAUCAGUAUGGGCUGGGGAGAUAUUGGAUACAAUUUCUGCGUUGGCAGCGACGGCGGCGUUUACGAAGGCCGAGGUUGGGACAACAUCGGCAUACACGCGGGUCGUGCUAAUAAUAACAGUAUAGGGAUUUGUCUCAUAGGGGAUUGGAGGGUUGAGGAUCCACCAGAAGCUAUGUUGGAGAGCACUAAAGCUCUAAUCAGAACCGGAGUAUUAAACGGCAAAGUCAGCACCGCGUACAAGCUGGUGGGUCACAGACAGGUCAUGGCGACGGAGUGUCCCGGGAACGCUUUGUUUAAUAUAAUAUCAAAGUGGCCCCAUUUUUCUAAUAAAUUUAAUUUAAAUAAAGAAUUAAUUAAAUAUUGAA